AUGGUUUUCCGUCUUCUGUUACUUUUUAUAUCUGUAGCCAGUGUACUCUGCGAAAAAAUUGGUGAAAAAGAAGAACGUAUUAAAGACGGCAGCAAAAGGGAAGGCGACUACAUAACGCAUGAUACAUUAAGCAGAAAUAAUCAACAUAGACAACCAAAACAAACCAACUAUUACAGUAUUCCGAAUACAGCGAACAUGCGAAGAAUCAAUAAUAUGAACUUUAACAACAAAUAUUACGAUAACAGGCCAAAACCAAUGUAUCAAGGGAAUUACCCACCCCAAAGCUACACAGCUAAUGGAUUCAGAAGGCAAGCCUUAUUUCCGGUCAAAACAAAGAACAAAUUCGGAACUUUUAAUAAUGCCAACAAUUUUGUUAGAAGACCAUUUCGCACUAAUAACAAUCCUGCAAAUUUAAAUCGUCUAAAUUUUAAUCAAAUUCCUGCUGGUGGUAAACGAUAUAAAACUGAUCAGAAACUACUAGACAACAUAGACUUUCUACACAAUUUUUUAAAUGCCCUCUUAAAAAUGCCUUUACACUAUGCAAGAAAAUACUCCUCCAAAUUGUAUUUGGGACCUACGUUCCAUACAAUAAUGGAUGUCUAUAAAUUCUACAUUAGUAAGUGUGAACAAGAAACAGUUGGGUGUGUAAGCAGGACGACCUUUAGUAUGAUUGUCAAGAAAAAUAUUUCAAGUUUGCCCAUGAAAAAGGAUCAAUAUAAUAUUUGUGCAAGCUACAGAAGUGGAAAUAUUAUGGAGAAUAUUUGGCAGGAUCAUAUUAACAAAAAGAAUACAGCUAGAGCUGCAAAAGACAAAGAUAAAAACGAAUCAUCAAUUGGCAAUCAAAUCACCCUGGAACUCGAUGUUCAGGCUGUGAAACUUGCAUCAUUCACGCAGGCAAAUGCCUUUUAUUAUAAAACAAAAUUGUGCUUCCAUAUCAGAGUAUAUAACGUAGCUACAAAACACGCUACUUGUUACUGGUUUUCUGAGGACCAGAACAAUCAACUCCAAUCUACAUUGACUUCUUGCCUAAUAGACUGCCUUACCAAAUACUAUCUCACUGAUGAUAAAAAAACUGAUUAUCAUAUAUUCAGACAGAUGUACGGCUCAAAAUAG